AUGAUGCCUGAGUAUCGCACAUUCAAUGUCUCGGAUAAAGCUCAGGCGAAAAAUUUGCACGACAUAGGCAUUAGGACCUAUCACAUCUUGGGAUACUUGGCUGCACAAAAUUGUGGAUAUACAAACUUGUCAUUCAACCAAAAAGAUAUGUACAACCUCAUUACUCAACAUAAGAAGGAAAAGUACACAUUAAGUAAUGAGAAUCGAUUGAAAAAAUUGUUUUGGGCUAAUGGGACUAGCCGUAUUGAUUAUGAGUGCUUUGGGGAUGUCUUGACAUUUGAUUCGACUUACAAUAGGAAUGUCUACAAUAAACCACUUGUGAUAUUUUCUAGUAGCAAUCAUCAUGGGCAGACCGUCAUAUUUGGAUGUGGUCUUCUUGUUAACGAGAAUAUUGGUUCAUAUAAGUGGCUCUUGGAAACUUUUUUGGAAUCAAUGGGUAAUAAACACCCUAUGGCAGUUGUCACCGACGGAGAUCUUUCAAUGAGAGAAGCCAUCAAACAAGUUUUUCCUUAUGCAACUCAUCGACUAUGUCCAUGGCACUUACAUAUGAAUGCAUGCGAGAAGGUUAAGAACAGUGGAUUUUUAAUGUGGGGAGACAUGGUGGUGAGUUUGAGGUCAGGUGGGGAGACAUGGUGGCGAGGUAUAACUUAUCAAGCAACUAUUGGGUGGACCAAAACUAUGAGUUGA